UCUGCUGGAUCUAGGGUUUCGAUUAGAACGAAAACCAUUUCAUUCAUGGAUUUGUCCAUCGACAACAGAUACCAUCGAAGAAGACGAUGAAGAAUUUAGGGUUUUUGAUUUUAUCCACGCUACCUGCAGAUCGAGAAAGGUGUUUCAAGGGAACGAAUUCUAAAGGAAACCCCUAAUUCCCAGCCCCUCUCUCUCACCAACCCAAUACUGUUUUUCGUCAAGAUUUUUGUUUCUUGGUUCUGCACCUUUUUUUUUUGUAAACUGCGGAAAAAAGAUAUGGAUCGAAUUCAAAACUAGCGGGCAACCUGACGUUCUUACAGCAAGGGACAAAGAACAGUGAGAUGUCGAUGAAUGAAUUUGAGAUGAGAAAUCAAUUGGUUCUAUAACUUCUGAUACGGACAAUUCCAGAAGAAGAGGAAGAAGAAGAGAAAGAGAAAACAUGUAUAGUAAUACCGUUGAAGUGUACCACUGUGAAAGAAGGAUUGGAGAAAUGGAGAUAAAUCCACCUCGGGAAUCGGGGCAGGAAGACGAGACGAAGAAGAUGAAGAAGAGAGAAAUAAUGGAGGAUUUGAAGAAGGGAAUCAGAAUUAGCCAUUUCUCUCAACCUAGUGAGAGGUGUCCUCCUCUUGCUGUUCUUCACGCUGUUUCUACUUCUGGCCUUUGUUUCAAAUUGGAAGCCACAUUCAAGUCCAAAUCAUCUUCUUCUGCUCAUGAUCCGGUCCGUCUCUUCCAUUCAUCCUGUCUCAGGGACAACAAGACUGCAGUGAUGCUACUGGGCGAGGAAGAGCUCCAUUUGGUUGCUAUGUGUUCUAGGAACAGUGAAAAGGAAUACCCAUGUUUCUGGGCAUUCAGUGUUCCACCCGGACUCUACAACUCCUGUCUUAUCAUGCUAAACCUCAGAUGUUUGGGUAUUGUCUUUGAUCUCGAUGAAACUCUCAUAGUCGCAAAUACCAUGCGCUCAUUCGAGGAUAGGAUCGAAGGAUUACAACGGAGAAUAAACAAUGAGGUGGACCCACAACGCGUUGCUGUUAUGAUGGCUGAGGUGAAGCGUUAUCAAGAUGACAAAAGUGUACUGAGGCAAUAUGUUGAGAGUGAUCAAGUAGUUGACAGCGGGAAAGUGAUUAAGGUGCAAACUGAAGUUGUUCCUGCCUUGUCUGAUAACCAUCAGCCUGUUGUUCGCCCACUCAUAAGGCUUCAAGAGAAGAAUAUUAUCUUGACUCGCAUCAAUCCAAUGAUUCGUGAUACGAGUGUUCUUGUGAGGUUAAGGCCUGCAUGGGAGGAGCUUCGUAGUUAUUUGACUGCGAGAGGGCGCAAGCGUUUUGAGGUUUAUGUUUGCACAAUGGCUGAAAGGGAUUAUGCCUUAGAGAUGUGGCGACUUCUUGAUCCGGAAGGAAAUUUGAUUAACACAAACGAGUUGCUCGAUCGCAUUGUUUGUGUGAAGUGUGGUUCAAGAAAAUCAUUGUUCAACGUGUUUCUAGAUGGAACCUGCAAUCCUAAGAUGGCACUGGUGAUAGAUGAUCGGUUGAAAGUAUGGGAUGACAAGGAUCAACCAAGGGUUCAUGUGGUUCCUGCAUUUGCUCCUUAUUAUGCUCCUCAAGCUGAAGCAACUGCAAUUCCUGUACUGUGUGUUGCAAGAAAUGUUGCUUGCAAUGUCAGGGGAGGAUUUUUCAAAGACUUUGAUGAUGGUCUGCUACAAAAGAUUGGGGAAAUAUCAUAUGAGAAUGACAUCGAGGAUAUUCCUUCUCCACCUGAUGUCAGCCAUUAUUUGGUCUCUGAGGACGAUGUAUCAGGUUCUAAUGGGAACAGAGAUCCGCUUUCGUUUGAUGGGAUGGCUGAUGCCGAAGUGGAGAGAAGAUUGAAGGAGGCAAUUUCUGCAUCUUCAUCCGUCCCUACUGGGGUGAAUCUAGAUCCUAGACUAGCUUCUUCCCUUCCAUUUAGCUUGCCUUCUUCUUCUGUCUCAGUUCCAGUACCAGCAGCCCAACCAUCAACUGGUACCUUUCCACCUAUGCAGUUUCCACAACCGGCUCCAAUGGUUAAGCCACUAGUUUCUGCUGGUUCCUCUGAACCAAGCUUGCAAAAUUCUCCAGCUAGGGAGGAAGGUGAGGUGCCUGAAUCUGAGUUAGAUCCAGAUACUCGUAGGAGGCUUCUCAUAUUGCAGCAUGGACAAGAUAGUAGAGAUCUUGCGCCAAGUGAACCUCCACUUCCUCAAAGGCCACCAGUUCAGGUUCCACCUCCACAUGUGCAACCAAGAAGUGGCUGGUUUCCAGUUGAGGAGGAGAUAGAUCCAUCUCUAAUUGGUCGAACAGUUCCCAAAGAAUAUCUAUUGGAUUCUGAAAUGGUCCGUGUGGAGAAGGUUAGGUUUUGUCAGCCAUCCUUUUUUUCUAAGAUUGAUACUUCUACUCAAUCUGAUAGGAUGCUUCAUGAGAAUCGGAGACCACCAAAAGAGUCAUUCCAUAGAGAUGAACUACUAAAUUCAAACAACAAAGCUGGUUCUCAUGCUUUCUAUGGGGAGGAGGCAUCUUUGAGUCGUUCUUCGUCCAGGAACAGGGAUCUUGACUUUGUACCUGGACGACCUGCCUCAACAGUAGAGACUCCAGCUGAAGUUCUACAUGAUAUUGCAAUGAAAUGUGGCACUAAGGUGGAAUUCAAACCAGGACUGAUUGCUACUGCAGAUUUGCGGUUCUCUGUUGAGGCUUGGUUUUCCGGGGAAAGAGUUGGAGAAGGGAUUGGCAGGACAAGAAGAGAAGCCUUGCAUAAGGCUGCUGAGGUUUCCAUCCAGAACUUAGCUGAUGUAUAUAUGUCCCAUAGAAAUCCCGACCCACGACCAGGCAAUAGGGGUGCAAGCACCGUUGUCAAUGGCAGUAGUACCUUUUUGGGAAAUGGAAAUAUGGUAGAGAAUCAACCAUUUACCAGAGAUGAAUAUGCACCAUUCUCGGCAAUGUCAGAUCCGAGAUUGGAAGGCUCUGUUAGGCCAAUGGGCUCCAUUUCCGUCCUCAGGGAAUUGUGUGCAAUGGAGGGAUUUGAAAUGGCUUUUCACGCUCAGCCUCCAUCAUCAUCACCAUUGGACAUUGUCCAAAAAGAUGCAUUAUAUGCGCAGGUCAAAAUAGACGGUCGAGUUUUAGGAGAAGGGGCUGGUUCAACUUGGGAUGAGGCUAGAAUGCAGGCGGCGGAAAGAGCGCUUUCUAGUUUGAGAUCGAUGCCUGGACAGUCUUUGCACAAGCGGCAAGGAUCUCCGAGAUUGUCGCAUGGGAUGUCGAGCAAGCGUCUGAAGCCAGAGUUUCAACGUUCUCUGCAGCAGAUGCCAUCUUCGGGAAGAUAUACUUGAUGAAAAAUAAUCCCAUGAGAAGCUUUUAGACUCAUUUAACAUCAAGAAUUCCGAGGGGAAUUUGGCCCAGGAAUACUCUUGCUGCUCGAAAAAGACUCGUCGGGCGUAAAGCUGGAAAUCUCGUACAAGUUGAGGCGAAAGUCACUUUGGACAGCAGAAAAUCGAUGUGAGGACCGUACGGACAACAAAGCUCGUAUCUUUCAACUCGGACAUAACUCAGCAUCGGCGUCUCCCUGUCUGUAACUAAGCAAAGCAGUACAGUUGGCUAACCAGAUCUGUUAACACAGCCUUUUUCACGUUGAGGGGUUUCUUUUUUUCCUUUUUUUUUUGUGUUUCUGAGUUUCGCUUUCACCCUUUGCCCGGGACAGGAACAGGGAUGAGUAGAACAUAUAGAACAUAAAUCUUGUCUGCAUUUUUGUGUUUAGACCCUAAUGGCUAUCGGUGAAGAAGAGAUAUCACGCAUUGAAGCU